AUGUUCUGGUCAGGUCAGGUCGAGUACGCAGAACAGUGUAUAAUGGGCUCGGGCCAGCUAAAGCUGUUCGUUGACGGGCAAGGGCUCGCUGCCAUUGGAGCCUUGGAGGACAGGAGGCUGAAUUUGACCUGGGGUACGCUCCAUGUGCAAACAGAUGUUAUGCUCAGCUCAACUCACGUCAGGAAUUCGACUGUGGAUACGUCAGGUCAGGUCAACUUCACGGUCGGGUCAGGUCAACUAUGUCGCCCGUGGUCGGCUGAGAUCAGUGAGAUGUACGAAUACUCCUCCGUCCCUCCUCCAAAGUGCAGGGUCCACACUGCUCGCCUCGCACUGGACGAGAUUGCGCGUGUCGAUUUGAGUUCCAGGGGUCGUUGGGUCAUUUCAUCAACGAGGGCCGGGCGUCCCGAGUGCACACUCAUCAACGAGACUUCUUUAUGA